AUGUGCGAAAAUCAUCCUGCUGUCCGUCAUGCUUCGAUCGCUAUGAGUGCGUGGCAUACCCAGUUGGAACGGAUCCCAACGAGCUUUAAAGAAGAUCGGGGCCCCAGUCUGACUCUUCGGCACUCUACAAAAGCCAUUGCUUGUCUUCGAGAAAGUCUCGCUCGGGAGGAUCUCACUCCGUACAGCCCAAGACGCACCCCGAAGCAAGUAGUGUUAGUCACAUGUGUGACUUUUACUCUCCUUACUCUAUUCCAGGGAGAUCUCUAUUCUGCUCGCCGUCACCUUGCCUCCGGUUAUAAACUUUUCAAAGAAUGGGAUAUUCAGCAAGAUAAAGGUGCUACUAGUCUGGCCCUAACACAGGCUUUUUCCCAGAUGCACGUUUACUGGUCCUUCUGCUCUUAUUCCGAGUUAUUUGUUAAGGAUUCCGCACAACUUAAUAGCGAGUAUCGGAUAUCCCCAAACACUACAGCGGCUCCAUCAAAUAUUACCCCGCCUCUCUAUUCGGGCAUUGAUCAGAUGGACCAUGUCCAAAAAUUUUCAACUCUCGUCUCGGGAUUCAUACUGGAUUACACUACUUGCGGGUUUGAUAUUGGACCAGCAAGCUCCAUCGGCCGCGGCGCGGCAGUAGUCUUGACUAAGCUUCGGCUCUGUAGAAGUCAUCUUCUAGCCGUCCUCGUCGAAUUGGAUGGUCUUGCGCCAGAGGACUGCGAUUCACUAAAAGUCUUCUCAUUACUGAUCGAUGUCAUUGAAAUUAAGCUGGCUGUCGCUAAAAACCAACCACCAGAUGAGAUAGUUUACGAUGAUCACCUGGAACAGUUUCAGCAUGUCGCAAAACUUGCACGAGCCCUAGCGGACUCGGCCACGAGUUUAAGUGACAUCGCGAUUUCGCCGUUUAGCUAUAGGUACUCUGUUUUGCCUACUCUCUUAUGGUCUGCGGCCAAAUGUCGCGAUUGGCAGGUCCGUCGUGAUAUCCUUUAUAUAAUGGACAAACGACCAGAAGAUGACUACUGGGCAUCUGCGACAACUGUGGCCUUAAAGAGACUGAUUGAUAUAGAGUCAACUGGAGUAAAGCCGGGGGACAUCAUUCCUGAAUCUGCUAGAGCCUACUGGGUUAACGUGAAGAUUCAGUCUGAGGAAUCCAGGGUUGAGCUGCGGUAUCGAACACCUCAAUUGUUGAAGCAUGGAAGUCAUGAGUGGGAAAAGAAUUCAAUGAAUUACUAG